AUGGGUCAAAUGUGUAGGGGAAUGGAAAUUGUCCUUCGAUCGGACAGUGUAACAUUGUACUUUGUACCCAAUCAACAGGUGUCCGAGAACAGCAUUCGGAUCAAGUCGAUCUCCUGGUGCUACUGCUGCUGCUGCUACUGCAUCGUCCUGUUUCUUGAAUUUGUUGGAAAUUUCAUUGAUUAUCUGAUGCAUUUCAGGCUACCGGAUGACCAGAACACGUCGACAACGUUUCGCUCGGCAGGCACUCUGGUACUCGCGGAGCACAGCGUCGAUACGUUGAAUUCGAUCACGUUGAAUGCUGUUACGGCAGCUACGAAGCUGGGCGCCGAAGUGUCGGUUGUGGUGGCUGGCGCAAAUGUGGCCAAAGUUGCCGAACAGGUUGGUCAUUGCUAUCGCACCUUUAAUCACACCGGCACAAAUGACGCUGCACUGGAUGUCCAUAUUCCCAGGAUUGCGCAUGGGAGCCCUUCCCAACGUUAUGAAAACCAACAAUACUGUCCAGGAGGAGCUAGCUCUGAUUUGUUUUGGAAUAUCAGGUACAUUGGCGGAUCCAGGAGGGGGGCGACGGGUUUUCCGCCCCUCUCUCCUCCUCCAAGGGCAUAG